CAACUCCAAAGCCAGCACAAAGAGGUAGAGCAACUAGGUCAGCUGACGAGUUGGUCAUACGAUCACGUGACAUCACCCCGGCGUUGUGUCGCGCUCCACGGGCUAUCAAGUAUAACCUAAAUCGUUAACACGAAGAGCAACACAAAGAAACAGAGAACAGAUCGACUUCAUCAUGCGCUUCACUCCUAUCCUCCGUCAAGCGUCCCGAGCGGACACCUUGGCGUUCAUCGGCGUCGGUCGAAUGGGUAACCACAUGGUGAACAACAUCCUCCUCUCCUCCCUCUCCUCGCCCAACCACCCACAGCUCCAGUCGGCGGCGGGGGAUUUCUCUCCGGAAUGGCUUCACAUGAAAUCCGGUAAACCCAAGAGGAUCUUGAUCUGUGAUCCGUUCAAAGAGAAUGUGGAUAAUACGUUGAGGAGGAUGCGGGAGGUCUUGGGGAGUAGCGGGGGGGUUGAGGUUGGGGUCGUCGAAAACCCCUACGAAGCCGCCCUCUCCGCCUCGACCCUCGUCAGUAUGAUCCCUACCCACACGCACGUGCAGAGCGUGUACACCGGGGCUCCUUCUUCUUCUUCCUCCAGUACCUCUUCUUCCGUGUCACCCGAUUCCACGGUGCUAGCAGCAUUGAAAGGAGGCAAACUAGGCAAGAACGAAGUGGAGAACACGCUCUGUAUCGAACAAUCCACUAUAAGGAUGGACGUUAGUCAGCAGGUUGGGAAGGAGAUCGAGGGUGCGGGGGGGAUGUGGGUGGAUGCGCCUGUUAGUGGAGGAGUCAACGGCGCCGAAAACGCCUCCCUGACGAUCAUGUGCGGCGCAUCCUCCCCGGCCUCGUUCGAACGGGCUAAACCGGUGCUGGGGAUGAUGGGGAAAAAGGUGAUCAUGUGUGGUGGGUUGGGGAUGGGUUUGGCUGCGAAGCUUUGUAACAACAUGCAACUCGGGAUCUCCAUGCUAGGCCUGUCCGAAGCGAUGCUCAUGGGCAAGAAGCUCGGGUUGGACAGCGAGUUGUUGGGUAACAUUAUCAAUACGAGUACGGGGCAGUGUUGGGCUAGUUCGAUCAACUUCCCCGUCCCCGGCGUCCACCUCCCCACAGUCGCCAAACCCCCACCCGCAUCCCGUUCCUACGAAGGCGGCUUCGUCACCGCCCUCGCCCACAAAGACCUCGAUCUGGCCGUCGAAGCUGCUCGUCACGUCGACGCCCCGCUCUACGUGGGCAGGUUGGCCGAAGAGAUCUUCAGGAAAGUCAGGGGCACGGAGGAUUGGGAUGCGAGGGAUUUCAGUAUCGUUUACAAGUGGUUGGAGGAGAAGAGCGGAGCAGAGUAAACGGGGAGUCUCCUGCGCGGAAGGGACGGAGUUUAUAUCGGAAAGAUGGGAAGAAUUGAAAAAUCUGUGAUACCAACAUGUACUCUCGGUGGACCGGUGUAUGACUGUGACAAGAUUUGAAACGUUGAUUGAGCAUUUGCUAUCGCCCUUACGUACCGAUAGAGAUCCCCCUACUACCGAGCCCACCUUGCAUGCCAAGACAAAACUUGCAGACGUCGAGGUCGAAGCAGAUGUAGAUGACAACAACACUGAUGCAGAUGAGCACAGCAAUCAC